AAGAUCUACAUCGAUAAAACCUAGAAAUCAUCAUCUUCUUCAAAUACUUGAUACUAAAGAUCACACUCACAUAAAGCAGUAAAGAACAGGAUUCUCUCCAUUUAAUGUCACUCCCACAACCUUCAUCAGAAUCCGAACAAACAUCGAAUAAUUCCUUUGAUGAUGGUAAUCGAACGUUUCAUCGUAAUCAUCAAAGAUCACGUUCACUCGCCAAAUUGAGGAAAAUUCCUCCAAUUCCGAUUCGUCGGAUCCGCACCAUGGCUGAAAUGAGGCCAAACAAGAAUGGAGACGGAUUCGACGAUGAUAGAAAAGGUAAGGAAGAUUAUGAUCGUCAAACGGACGAACCUGAUUUACUCGAUGCUGCUUCUCUUGGCCUAAAUCCAAUUCGCAGUCGCUCCUCUUCUUCGCAUCAUAGGGUUGAUUCUACUGCUGGUACAGCCUCGAAAUUGGAUGCCUGUGAUACAGAUAAGAUCGCAAAUUUUCCCUUGGGCAAAGUGCACACAUCGGAAGAGCCAAAAUCCGAUCCAGGCAAGAAGGUAUCCUGGGGCCAUUCUAACUCCUUGCAAGUACAACUAUCAUCUGGUGCUGGAGUGGAGGUAAGUGGCAAUAAUGAGGCCUUCGCCAAGGAAAUACAAUCUCCAAGGUUCCAAGCCAUACUGCGUGUCACAAGUGGUCGUAAAAAGAAAGUUCCUAAUAUAAAGAGCUUCUCUCAUGAACUCGAUUCUAAAGGAGUGCGGCCUCUGCCAUUUUGGAAGCCUCGUGCAUAUGGGCACGUGGAGGAGAUCAUGGUAAUGCUCAGAGGAAAGUUUGAAAAGUUGAAGGAAGAAGUCAAUUCUGACCUGGGUGUCUUUGCUGGAGAUUUGGUGGGGAUACUUGAAGAAACUUCAGAAUCUCAAUCAGAAUGGAAAGAUAUGUUGGAAGACUUGUUAAUUUUAGCCAGGAAGUGUGCAAAAAUGACAUCCAAUGAAUUCUGGUUGAAGUGCGAAAGCAUUGUUCAGACUCUGGAUGAUCGUCGCCAGGAGUUACCUAUGGGUAUUCUCAAACAAGUCCAUACCCGUCUCUUAUUCAUACUCACUCGAUGCACUCGACUUGUGCAGUUCCACAAGGAAUGUGGGUAUGAAGAAAGCCACCAUAUUUUGGGUCUUCAUCAGCUUAGCGAUAUUGGUGCAUAUACAGAAACUGUUACAGAGCCUACAUACCAAAACUUCAAUAGAUCGAAAGGAAAAACAGAAGUUACUGAGGCACAAGCUGACAAGCCACAUGAAGGGGAUGAGGAACAAGAUCAAGAAAACAUAAAUUUAGAUGUGGAGGUUGAAACUGCAGAAGGUGUUACUUCAUCCACUGGUAAAAGGAUGUCAUCUUGGAAGAAGCUUCCAUCUCCAGCAGAAAGGAGUCACGUAGACCAUAAUGCUGUUGACAUUCCAUCAAAGGAUUUAUCCGAUCAUUUGGAAGUUAAAGACAAUCAUAUCUAUAAUCUGGAUACCCCGUUGUCUCCUGAGAAUUUAGAGACAACUUCAAAAGUAAGGAGAGUUACAUUUGGAGUUUCAGGAGGGCAACAUCAAUUGACUUAUGAGAGUUCAUUAAUAUGCCGUAUCUGUGAAGUUGAAAUACCCACUGUACAUGUCGAACAGCACUCUAGAAUAUGCACUAUUGCUGAUAGAUGUGAUUUAAAAGGUCUGAGUGUCAAUGAAAGACUUGACAGAGUUGCAGAAACUCUUGAAAGGAUCAUUGAUUCAUGGACACCUAAAAGUGCAGGCAUGACAGUUGGAAGUCAAGAAGGUGUUGGAAUAUCUCCGACAGAUAUACCUGAUGACUUGGACAAGUUAUCACCUAAGAACCACCGGCUGUCACGUGAAUGCUCCGGAGACCUACUAGAAUGUGUCCAUGAGGCUGACACUGCUUUUGUUGCAGAAGACUUCCACACUUUGCCUGACAUUACUUGCAGCACACGUGGGACUUCGAUACCUGUUGUAGGUCCAAAAGCCUUAUCGGCUGGAUGCUUGACUCCUAGAUCACCUCUACUGACACCAAGAGCGACUCAGAUUGAAACAUUCCUGAGUGGAAGGAAAUCCCUGUCCGAGCAUGAAGACUGGCAGCAGAUGCACAAGCUAUUGGAAAUUGCUCGAUCCCUGGCCCGCAUGAACACUAAUGACUACAGUGCAUUGGAUUUCAUGCUUGAGCGUUUAAAAGACCUCAAACAUGCUAUCCAGGACAGAAAGGUGGAUGCUCUUGUUGUUGAGACUUUUGGGAGACGUAUUGAGAAACUAUUACAGGAAAAAUACGUACUUCUUUGUGGGAUGAUAGAGGAUGAAAAAACAGAAUCAACAAGUAACAUGGUCUAUGAAGAUAGUCCAUUAGGAGAGGACACGGCUCGUAAUCUGCGGGCUAGCCCUGCAAGUUCGUACUCUAAGGAUCGGACGUCUAUUGAAGACUUUGAAAUAAUAAAACCAAUUAGCAGAGGUGCAUUUGGACGAGUUUUUUUGGCUAGGAAAAGGGCAACAGGUGACGUAUUUGCAAUAAAGGUUUUAAAGAAGGCUGAUAUGAUUCGUAAAAAUGCAGUUCAAAGCAUUUUGGCUGAGCGUGAUAUCCUGAUAUCAGCUCGCAAUCCUUUCGUGGUACGGUUUUUCUACUCCUUCACAUGUCGAGAAAAUCUAUAUCUGGUGAUGGAGUAUUUAAAUGGAGGAGAUCUUUUCUCUUUGCUUAAAAAUCUAGGUUGCUUAGAAGAAGACAUGGCACGUGUAUAUAUUGCAGAACUUGUUCUUGCAUUGGAGUAUUUGCAUUCUUUGAAUGUCAUUCAUAGAGAUUUGAAGCCAGACAACUUGUUAAUUAGCCGAGAUGGCCACAUCAAGCUAACAGAUUUUGGGCUAUCCAAGGUUGGUCUCAUAAACAGCACGGAGGACUUAUCAGGGUCAUCAACCAUCAGGACUGCUAUCUUUCAGGAUAACGAAAUCAAGACAGAGACCACACCUUCAGUAAAUAGAGAGCAGAGGCAAAAGCUUUCAGUUGUUGGCACCCCUGACUAUUUGGCACCGGAAAUACUUCUUGGCAUGGGACAUGGUGCAACAGCUGAUUGGUGGUCUGUUGGUGUUAUUCUUUUUGAGCUACUUGUAGGGAUUCCACCUUUUAAUGCAGGAUCUCCACAACAAAUUUUUGCCAACAUUAUGAAUCGAGAAAUACCCUGGCCUGAGAUACCUGAGGACAUGAGCUAUGAAGCAUAUGAUCUGAUAGACAAGUUGCUGAUUGAUAAUCCACUUCAACGCCUAGGUGCAACAGGGGCUGGAGAGGUGAAAAGGCACCCUUUCUUUACGAAUAUCAACUGGGACACCCUUGCAAGGCAGAAGGCAGCAUUCAUACCAUCUGCUGAAGCACUUGAUACCAGUUAUUUUAUGAGCCGAUAUAUAUGGAAUCCAGAAGAUGAACAUAUUGAUGGAGGUAGCGAUUUUGAUGAUAUGUCUGAAGCAGAUAGCGCAUCUUGUGGUGAUAGCUCACACAGCAACGUGGUGGAUGAAGAGGGCGAUGAAUGUGGUAACUUGGCAGACUUUGGUGCUCCACCUCCUAAUGUCAGUUACUCGUUCAGUAAUUUCUCGUAUAAGAAUUUGUCUCAGUUGGCUUCCAUCAACUAUGAUUUGCUUAUAAAGAGUGCUCAAGAAUCCAUAGAAGGUUCAAAACCAGAUGAGUCAUGA